GGUUCAUCCUCCCAAGUUCUCAUAUAUACCAUGGAGCACUAUAAAUGACAACAAUCUAUAUUGGCCUCUAAGCAUCACCCAAGAGGCCAGAAUCUUGUUGUUUACGCUUUGAGGCCCUUUAAAUUCUUGAAUUUCUAAAACCACCCCUCAAUCUCCCUCCCUAAAAGCUCCCAUUGUUGUAGACAGAGCUUCUUCAAUCUCACAUGGCGGCUAUGGCUUCACUUUUCCUUCAAACUCCAGCUUCUACUCGAUAUUUGCCGAAAACGCUGAAAACGCAAUUUAUCCAACCCUCCUUCAACCUGUCUCUCUCUCCCCGGGUCGCGCCCAGGACCCGACCCGGGACCCGAGUUUCAUGCGCGCUGAUACAGCCCGACGGCGGGAGCCUCGUGGAGCUUUUCGUCGAGGAAUCAGAGAGAGAAGGGAAGAAGAACCACGCCCUAGGUCUGCCCCGAAUCGAGCUCUCCAAAAUCGACCUCCAAUGGCUUCACGUGCUCAGCGAAGGCUGGGCUAGCCCAUUGCGAGGCUUCAUGAGAGAGCGCGAGUUCCUCCAAACUCUUCAUUUCAACUCGCUCCGUCUCGACGACGGCUCAUUCGUCAACAUGUCCGUGCCCAUCGUGCUCGCCAUUGACGACGCCCAGAAGAGCCGGAUCGCCGAGUCGAGCAGUGUAGCCCUCGUCGACGAUCAAGACAGAACCCUAGCCAUUCUCAACGACAUUGAGAUAUAUAAGCAUAAUAAAGAGGAAAGGAUAGCAAGAACUUGGGGAACAAUUGCCCCAGGUCUGCCUUAUGUUGAGCAAGCUAUAACUAAUGCUGGGAACUGGCUAAUUGGUGGGGAUUUGGAAGUUAUAGAGCGGGUCAAGUACCAUGAUGGUCUUGACAGGUUCAGACUCUCCCCAGCAGAGCUUCGAGACGAAUUCUCUAGGCGAAAUGCAGAUGCUGUGUUCGCCUUUCAGCUCAGGAAUCCCGUGCACAAUGGACAUGCUCUGUUGAUGACAGAUACUCGCCGCAGGCUUCUUGAGAUGGGUUAUAAGAACCCUGUCCUUUUGCUCCACCCGCUUGGGGGUUAUACGAAGGCGGAUGAUGUUCCACUUCAGUGGCGAAUGAAGCAACACGAGAAGGUUCUUGAAGAUGGUGUGCUUGAUCCUGAAACUACUGUGGUUUCUAUAUUCCCAUCGCCCAUGCACUAUGCUGGCCCAACUGAGGUGCAAUGGCAUGCAAAGGCUCGUAUAAAUGCGGGUGCUAAUUUCUACAUUGUUGGCCGUGAUCCAGCUGGAAUGGGGCAUCCAGUUGAGAAGAGAGAUUUAUAUGAUGCAGAUCACGGGAAGAAGGUGUUGUCAAUGGCACCUGGCCUAGAGCGGCUUAAUAUCUUGCCUUUUAAGGUUGCUGCAUAUGACAAGACUCAGAAUAAAAUGGCAUUCUUUGAUCCAUCAAGGCCUCAAGAUUUUCUUUUCAUUUCUGGCACCAAGAUGCGAACACUGGCAAAGAACAAGGAAAACCCUCCAGAUGGAUUUAUGUGCCCCGGUGGAUGGAAAGUCUUGGUUGAAUACUAUGAUAGCUUGGCUCCAGUAGAAACUGGCAGGGUCCCUGAACCUGCUUCAGUUUGAAGGUGUGGUGUUAGUUAUACAAAUAUGUGUUGUGCCAAUUUGGUCAAAACACAAUUUGGUCACCUGUGUAUAGUAUAGUUGUACCAAAGAUGAUUCCUUCAGUUGUGCAAAGUGUGUGGAUGUUAAAGGUUGUCAUAGGCUGGUUCACUUUGUUGUGAUUUCAUGAAGAAUAAUGCAUUGCCAUCUUUCUUGUGCCAUAA